ACAUUCACAUUAACUCAAUGUUAUGUUCAUCACCACCACCACUCUCUUUUCUCAUGAUUCUCACUUCAACCCUUUUCAACCGACAUGGAAAUCUACCCUUUAACUAAUUUUCUUUCUUUCUCAUGGGAACUUGAGUUUCUGAAUUUUUAAUUUUUAUUGAAUGAAGCUUGAGCACACAUGAGAGCCAUAUGUAGCCCACACAAACAAUGACAUGUUGUUUCUGGUGAGAAGCUUUUCUGGGUAGCUUCUGAGUUUCAGAAUUGAUUCUGAAGAAAAGGAAGUCGAUCAAAACAUGCUAUUAGUGUACAUAAGGGCGUUUCACUAAUUUGAACUUUGUUAUCAAAAUCCAUAAUGAAGCAUUGAACUCCAAGAGGAAAAAAAGAGUCACGGCUAUUAUUACCAGGUUUCUACUACUAUUUCACCAUCUCUAUAAAGCUUGAAGAGCUUGAUACAGUGGUGCACUGAUCUUUCUGCCUGGAAUAAUAUGGUUGGCUUCGGCAAGAAGUUGAGAGAAUCACAAAUUGAAGAAUGGAAAGGAUAUUACAUCAACUAUAAGUUAAUGAAGAAGAAAGUCAAGAGAUAUACAGAACAAAUAGAGUUUGGAGCUCAAAAUCGUCACAAUGUUCUCAGAGAUUUCUCAAUGCUUCUAGACAAUCAGGUAGAAAAAAUUGUCUUGUUUCUGCUUGUACAACAAGGAGUACUUUCACAUAGGCUAUCCAAUAUUGGACAAGAGCACCAAACUCUUCUACAGCAGCCAAAUAAUACAAACAUAUCUGAACUCCAACAAGCAUAUCGUGACGUUGGCCAAGAUCUUUUAAGGGUCCUUCAUUUUGUGGAAAUGAAUGCUAUUGGUCUGAGAAAGAUCUUAAAGAAGUUUGAUAAACGGUUCGGCUACAAAUUCACAGAUUACUAUAUCAAGACGCGCGCAAAUCAUCCUUAUUCCCAGUUAAGGCAGGUUUUCAGGCAUGUGGGGAUUGGUGCUGUAGUUGGAGUUUUAACUCACAAUCUUGCAGACCUUCAGGAUUUACAACAGUGUCAAGGAAGCUACAUUUCUAUAUAUGACCAGCCUUCUUAUGUUCAUCAAGAUCCUGUUCUUGAUUCUAUCAAAGUAGCCGUAGGGAGAUUAUCAAAUUCAACAAAUUUCCUUCAGUUUCUGGGAAGAGGUGCUCUUAUCAUGCAAGAGGAACUGCCAACUCCAUCUGAAGAUCAUCUUCUUGAUGAGAGAUAUCACUUCAUGUCUCUUCUUUUGAACUUGGCAAACACAUUUCUGUAUAUGGUCAACACUUACAUUGUUGUGCCUACAGCAGACAACUACUCUUUGAACCUUGGAGCUGCAGCGAGCGUGUGCGGCGUGGUCAUUGGUUCAAUGGCUGUUGCGCAGGUGUUCUCUUCGGUUUACUUUAGUGCGUGGUCAAACCGAUCAUAUCUUAGACCACUCAUCUUCAGUAGCAUUGUUCUUCUAGUUGGAAACAUCAUGUAUGCAUUGGCUUAUGAUAUGAACUCAAUAGCAGUUCUUCUGGCAGGACGUCUUUUCUGUGGGUUAGGCUCUGCAAGGGCCGUUAAUAGGCGCUAUAUCAGUGACUGUGUGCCAUUGAAACUUCGGAUGCAAGCUUCAGCGGGUUUUGUUAGUGCAAGUGCUCUGGGAAUGGCUUGUGGUCCAGCUCUUGCUUGUUUGUUACAGACUAAUUUUAAGAUUUACAAGUUCACCAUGAAUCAAGACACUCUACCUGGAUGGGUAAUGGCUUUUGCAUGGCUUGUUUAUCUAUUGUGGUUGUGGACUUGUUUCCAGGAACCGUCUCGCGAGAAUGAAGGAAAUUAUGUGCCAUAUCGUGCACAAACUGGACAAGCAGUGCAUAUUGCAGUUGAGAAUGGGCAUACACAACCUUUACUUAUGAAUUUAGAAGCAAAGGAGAAGGAUGAAGACAGAGAAGAAGGAGAAGAAGAAUAUGAUGAUGCUAAAGAAUCUCAGAAGCCUGUUACUUCUAUUGUGAUGGCAUUUAAGUUACUCACCCCAUCGGUAAAGGUUCAAUUAUUUGUGUAUUUUAUGCUCAAGUAUGCAAUGGAGAUCAUACUUGCUGAAUCAAGCCUUAUUACCGAAUACUAUUUCGUUUGGUCAACCAGCAAAGUAGCCAUUUUCCUUGCAUGCCUUGGUCUUACUGUGCUUCCUGUAAAUAUCAUUGUAGGAAACUACAUCAGCAACAUGUUUGAAGAAAGGCAAGUUCUACUGACAUCAGAAAUCAUGGUUUGCAUUGGACUACUCCUAAGCUUCCAUACAAUAAUCCCUUAUUCAGCAACUCAAUAUGUAGGAUCAGCCCUUAUCACAUUUGUGUUUGCUGAAGUUCUUGAAGGAGUGAACCUUUCACUUCUAUCAAAAGUUAUGUCGUCAAGGCUUUCUCGGGGAACCUUUAAUGGAGGAUUACUGUCAACAGAAGCAGGAACUCUAGCACGAGUAAUCGCAGAUGCAACGAUAACAAUCGCGGGGUAUCUGAGUGAAAGUAAACUCCUGAAUGCCACCUUACUCCCUGCACUCCUCAUCUGCAUCUCAUCCAUUCUUGCUACCUGCUACACCUACAACUCUCUCUAUUAGUUUAAUAGUUGUUAACCUUAAGAAUCUGAAAAUGUAUAUAUUAAUGGGACAAAUAUUUGCUCAAUUUCUUAGGAGAAUAUGAUGUAGCUUUUAGUGGUUUUAUUGGUGUCGGUUACAUGUUUAGGAGUAAGUAGCUGCACUUCCUAGUUCAGGCAUUUAUGCGAUAGUUUUUGCUCUAUGAGCUGCUUCUUGUUGAGAAAAAUAAGUGUCAGGUUUCAAAGCAAUAAAAGUUCAGUUUUUGUUGCUUC